AUGUCCGGCGAAGGGGAGCUCAACGUCGACAACCUCAUCACGAGAUUGCUAGAAGUUCGCGGCUGUCGUCCUGGGAAGACCGUGACCAUGACAGAGGCUGAGAUUCGCGCCCUAUGUCACAAAUCUCGUGAGAUAUUCCUCUCUCAACCUAUUUUGCUGGAACUUGAAGCACCGUUAAAAAUUUGUGGAGAUAUUCAUGGUCAGUAUAACGAUCUUCUACGUUUAUUCGAAUAUGGUGGCUUUCCACCGGAAGCUAAUUAUCUAUUCCUCGGAGACUAUGUAGACAGAGGGAAACAAAGCCUUGAGACUAUUUGCCUUCUACUGGCGUAUAAAGUCAAAUAUCCAGAAAAUUUUUUCUUGCUCAGAGGAAAUCACGAGUGCGCUUCAAUUAACAGGAUUUAUGGGUUUUAUGACGAAUGUAAACGUCGAUUUUCGAUCAAACUCUGGAAGACGUUCACUGAUUGCUUCAAUUGUCUACCGAUUGCCGCUCUUAUUGAUGAAAAAAUUUUUUGUUGUCAUGGUGGUCUUUCUCCCGAUCUACAAAAUAUGGAACAGAUUCGACGCGUUAUGCGACCAACAGACGUUCCUGAUACCGGCUUGUUGUGUGAUUUACUAUGGUCUGAUCCGGAUAAAGAUGUCACUGGCUGGGGUGAAAACGAUCGUGGAGUGUCGUUUACGUUCGGGCCUGAUGUUGUUGCAAAGUUUCUUAAUAGACACGAUCUCGAUUUGAUAUGUAGGGCACAUCAGGUUGUAGAGGAUGGUUAUGAAUUCUUUGCUAAAAGGCAAUUGGUGACGUUAUUCUCAGCACCAAACUACUGUGGUGAAUUCGACAACGCUGGUGGAAUGAUGAGUGUCGACGAAACCUUAAUGUGCAGCUUCCAGAUUCUGAAGCCAUCGGAGAAGAAAGCGAAGUACCAGUACGCAGGUCUAAACAGCGGGCGACCGGCAGUGGGCGGAGCGAGGCCAGCAACGAGUUGUGGUAAGUGA